CAGCUGCCCUGGGGUUUUCUGCUAUUUAGUUAUUUUAAAAGUGGAGUCCAAGUCCAAGACAAACUUCUCAGGGACAGUCAAAGUAUCAUAUUUGUCAUAUUUUAAACUAUCCGCAAUCAAGCUGAUUUUCUGUUAUGAAAUUAUUAACCUACAUUUGAGUUUACACUAAAACAAAGAGGUGGGUGCAGAGUUUCCGCCUAGCAGAGGAAGGGAAAAAAAAGACGUCAGCCCUCAAAAGUUAAAACUGAUGGGAAACUAGAAUCACAUCAUCUAUUGGAUUCCAGACAGCAGAUAAACAGCAGAAAGCACACAACAGAGUUGACAAACUUGGCAAUGGCACACAACAUUUUUCUUAUUGUGAUUAUAUGUUUUCUGUGCAACUUGGCUGUGGCAGUCACAGAGAGCUCCGAGUCUUGCUACAGGAUUGAGCCAGGGACGAUAGCAGGCAUCAUCUGUGCAGAUGUGUUGCUGACCCUUAUCAUCGUCAUUGUGACCUACCGAUGUGCAAGCUUGCGCCGUCAGAGGAUAGACAAUGCUGACAAAGUGUAUAUGAAUGUCCGAGCCAACUGCAAGACCUAAUAGAAAGAUGGUGCAGUACGUCGUGAAAUGAUGUUACAGUUUUAGGUCCUGUUUUUUUGAAAAUAUAUUUUAUAUAUAAAAUGCUAUUAACAACACCUCUACAUAUAUUGCAUAUGACACAUUUCUGCUCAUUACACAUACAAUGAACACAACUCUUAAUUGAUAGAAACCAUAUUACAAAAAAGGAUUUGAUUAUUACUUCACUUAUACUAUUGUGUACAGUGUUGUUUUAGUGUUUUAUUUAAAGGCUUUAAAUUAAUUUACAAGAAGCUUUCUCGGUGUGUGCUGGUGUUCUUUUCUUUACCUAACUGCUUGUAGUGUGUCAGACUGAAAAUAGUGACGUGUGUAAAAAUGGAAGUGUAUAAAUUUAAAUUCACCAAUACAGCACCCGCCCCAGUUCACUUUUGCAAAAUGUCUAAAUAGUGUAUUUCACCCAGACAAGUAAAUAGCCCUUUUUUUAAAUGUUUAUUUAUUUAUUUAUUUAUUUCAAAAAUAAAAUAAAAAAACAGACCAAGUGAUUUUACUUCGAUGUUUUACGGUGUCUAUCUGACAAACCACCAACAGUUGACAAUGUACCAGUCUCAGAACCGCUAUCACUGCAGAUGAGAAAUGUUGAUAAAAUUCCCUAAAAAAUAAAAUAAAAUAAAAUUCAACACAUUAAUAAUAUAAGUAAGUUUUUUCAGUGUUCAAUAAAUACUGUUUUUAAAUAUGCAA